GAUUGACGGGCGGGCAGGCGCGAGGAAAGACCGUUGCCUGUCACUAGGCAGCAAGCUCGCCUUUGCACGGCGCGCGCGCUCACGGUGUUGCCUGGAGACCGGGGCGCGCGUAGAGGAGGGGGAGGAGGCGAAGGAGGGGGGAAAGUGUUACGUGGUGACGUUAAUUCUAUAUGAGCGCGAGCGGCGGGAGCUUGGGUCUUUUUACCGCCAGCCGCGCGGCACUUCUUCCUCGCUCCUGAGUCACUGCGAGACCCGGCCUCGCACAGAGUUUUUCCCAGGUCUAGAAAAAUGGCAGACAUUGACAACAAAGAGCAGGCUGAACUUGACCAGCAAGAUGAAGAUGUUGAAGAAGUAGAAGAAGAAGAAACUGGAGAGGAUGCCAACAGCAAAGCUCGUCAGCUGACUGUACAAAUGAUGCAGAAUCCACAGAUUCUUGCAGCUCUUCAGGAAAGACUUGAUGGUCUGGUUGGAACACCUACAGGAUAUAUAGAAAGCUUGCCUAAAGUAGUAAAGAGACGUGUGAAUGCACUCAAGAAUCUUCAAGUGAAAUGUGCACAGAUAGAAGCAAAGUUCUAUGAAGAAGUUCAUGAAUUGGAAAGAAAAUAUGCUGCUCUUUAUCAGCCCUUGUUUGACAAGAGGAGUGAAAUCAUCAAUGCAGUUUAUGAACCUACUGAGGAAGAAUGUGAAUGGAAAACAGAUGUGGAAGAAGAGAUUUCAGAAAUGAAAGAGAAGGCGAAGCUUGAAGAAGAGAAGAAAGAUGAAGAAAAAGAUGAUCCUAAAGGAAUUCCUGAAUUUUGGUUGACUGUAUUCAAGAAUGUUGAUUUGCUCAGUGAUAUGGUUCAGGAACAUGAUGAACCUAUUCUGAAACACUUGAAAGAUAUCAAAGUGAAGUUUUCAGAGGCUGGGCAGCCAAUGACAUUUACAUUAGAAUUCCACUUUGAACCUAAUGAAUAUUUCACAAAUGAAGUGCUGACAAAAACAUACAGAAUGAGAUCUGAACCAGAUGAUUCUGAUCCUUUCUCCUUCGAUGGACCAGAAAUUAUGGGUUGUACAGGGUGCCAAAUAGAUUGGAAAAAGGGGAAGAAUGUUACUUUGAAAACCAUCAAAAAGAAACAGAAGCACAAGGGACGUGGAACAGUUAGAACAGUGACAAAAACGGUUUCCAAUGACUCUUUCUUCAACUUUUUCUCUCCUCCAGAAGUUCCAGAAAGUGGAGACUUGGAUGAUGAUGCUGAAGCAAUUCUUGCAGCUGAUUUUGAAAUUGGUCACUUUCUACGUGAGCGCAUAGUUCCACGAUCAGUAUUAUAUUUCACAGGAGAAGCCAUUGAAGAUGAUGACGAUGAUUAUGAUGAAGAAGGUGAGGAGGCUGAUGAUGAGGAAGGAGAAGAGGAAGCAGAUGAAGAAAACGAUCCCGAUUAUGACCCUAAAAAGGAUCAAAACCCAGCAGAAUGCAAGCAGCAGUGAAACAGUGUGUAUGUGGCCUUGAGGAUUAUCUGCACUGUAAUAGCCUAAACACAACUAUUAGUUACUUAACAGCCUUAUGUUUUGUAUCUUGGUAGAAUUAAGUGAACAUUUUGUUAAAACAAACUGACAGAACCAGUUUAAAAUGUAGGUUCCUUGUACCUAGCAUUUUAAUAGUAUUUUUCUGCCAAUAUGUAGAAUGCAGUAAAUCCCUAAAGCAUGAAUAGUUAAUUCAUUGCUAUAUAUAGUUUGGUUCUUGUGAAGUCUGUUGUCAUGUAGCUAUUAGACUGCAGCUGUGAAGAUACCAGAACUGUUGACGGAGACCAAUAUUUGUUUAGAGAAGAUCCUUUCCUGAAGAACCAACCAAAGUAUUUUUCAACCCAAUAGAUGACAUGGGUGUAAGUCUGCUUGCACUAGCUGUGCCUUCAUUACUUUGUUAUAGUAAUGGCAGUGACUUGUACUAAUUAGGAGAUGGAUGCAUUUUUUUGAAUUUGAUUAUAUCCAUAUAAUCUGUUAAUUUCCAUCAAGACCACAAUGAACAUUUAUAACUGUCUGCUUGUUUAUGCUCUAGGUUUUUGUAUUUUGUGACAGUGACCUACAAAACAAAAACAAAAAAAUGAAAAACAAAACACAAUAGAGACAUCAUAAAUAAGGUUGUUUAUCACUGGGGUGUGAAUAAACCUAGUAUUUUCAGAAAUUAGUUGUGUCCCUGGGUGAAUGUAUUUUUCUGGUUUUAACAACAGCAGCAAAAACAAGUUUAAGAACUGUGGGAAGCAUUUGCUAAACAGGCACCCAAGAGUACAAUGGAAAUGGCUGCAGUGACUGGUCCUUGUACCAUUCAUGUUGAUAUUUGUAAGCCUUGCAUAAAUUAUUCUUGUGUUGCUGCCUUCAAUUUUUCUUCUCUGCUCCUGGUUUUUAAGUUCAUUGUCAGCCUCUUAUAGUUUGAUUAAAAUAAUUCUUGACAUCUUUAUAACCUUAUAGAAACACAGCUAUGUGCUGCUGAGAAACUUAUCAAACAAGUUUUCUUUGAAGUUCAUUACUUGUCUUUUUCAGAGUCUCUAGUUUUGUUACUAUAAUGAGACUUAAUACGGGCAGGGUUCUGCUCUCUGUCAUGUUGAACAGAUGGUAAGGAUCUAGAGUAACUCCUUAAAAGAAGUUGCUAGUAGUCUUUUUACUUUACACAGAGGUGUUGUGUGUAUAACGCUUAAGGGCCAUUUCAGCCAACUCCCCAGAAGUGCCUCAGCCAGCAAUAAAGUGACAAAUACAGGCAAAAACAGAACUUAUUUUUAUCUUCCAAUUUUGGCAUGGUGAGUUUUGAACUUUUUUAGAACUGUUCAGCUUUAGACGAUGCAACAAGAAAAAAAUGUAGCUGAUGUGCUUGACGCACCUUUAUUAGAAUAUCCAUUUUGGUGCUGGACAACUUCAGAAGUGUCCUAGUUACCUUGGGCUCACUAAUCUAGGCAGAUGUGGAAGAGGCAUUGAUAUAUUCAAAAUUAGACGUACUACUUUUUAAAAAAUAUGGCCACAGUUUCAAAAUGAGUUUAACUUAUUGUAAUGACUGGAGAUUUACCCAUUUUAAUGCCAUGGAAAAUGAUUUUUUGUUAUAUAGUUUUGUUGAAAUAAAUACAACAAUCAA